AGCCGUUGAAAGAGGGCGCCCUCAAGUCCGAAACCGUACUCCCGAUGUGGAAUGAUGAGACCAAGUUUGCGCAUAGAACCGGCGAGAAUCCGUUUGGGUCUGUGCGAGGGAAUUUGCCCGAUAUCGUGGACCACCACGAGUACAAAGUCAGCCCGGAGAAGAUGCGGUUAACGGAAGGCGUGAUACCCUACGUAAAUCGGGGCAUCAACGUUCAUCAAGGCGACAUUCCUUCGUAUGGCCAGUUGAGGACACAGACGGGUAACGUCGACUGGGCCAAGCUGAAGCCGGGGAUGGACAAGAAAUCCAACGGGUUCAUCUCGAAGCAGUUCAAAUCCAACGCGACGACGAAGGCCGGAAGUAAUGUGAUGGAUCGGAGGCGGAAUGGGGCAACAUUCAUGGAAUAUGACAAGCAAAGCGAAUGCUUUAUCCCGAUCCUGUUCGACAAUUUGGGCUGCCAGAUGAAGGAAGGCGCAGAAUUCGGUUCUUUCCGCCCAAUGUACACCCCAUCCACCGGCGGCUGGCCAAUGUCGUGGGAUGAGGAGAAGAAGUGCCGGAUGGCUGUGCCUUUUCAGAUCUCCGGACACCUCAACCUCCCGAAAGCCAAAAAGUCUCCGAUCACCAAGACGAUCACGAAAAAACCCAAGAAACCUGUACAGAAAGCCAGGAAAGCC